ACGGACUUGCUCGCUAUAGGACUGGAUGCCUCUAAGGUCAAAAAUCGUUCCAGCACUUCGCUACGCAGUUCAAAAAGGCUUAUGCGCAUGAAAACUCGACCGGUUCAGGUGACACCGAGCAUCAAACCCUUGUUGAACAAUGCAUCGAGAUCUGCCCUUGGUAUGAUGAAUUCCAAGCAAUCUUUGGAACCCGGCCCAAGGUCACACCUAUCAGUGGCAUCGCUUCGACAGGCUUUACAAUGUUUCCCAAAUCCCAGGGUGAUACCCGUUCUGGCGCAGAAAAUGACGAAGGCGGUGACUCGGGUGAAGGCUCCGAGGAUGAUUCAGGCAGCCAGAAUGAGUCCCAACCAGUCGACAUCACUCGUGAAACGCAAUGCGCCUACUCCCCAGCCCAAAGGGAGUGCCAAGAAACCCGCCAUGGUCCAACCCAACAAAAGUCGCAAUAAUGUGGUCGAAAAGUUACUGGACCAGAAGGAAACAGCCGCAUCUCUGUGCCGCAUGAAGCAAGAGGCUUAUAUUGCUUCACUCGAAAGAGAGAAGGAGAAAUACAGGUCCCGUCGGGCAGCGACGGAAGCAGAGACCAAGGGCAAGAUCUUGUCUCUGCGCAUAGAAAAGGAGCUUGAGUUUAGGAUGAAGCAGCUUCAGAUGUAUUCAGAGCUCAAGUUACAUGAACAAGGCAUCACACUGGCAGAUUAUAUGAACUCCUUGGGCCUUUCGACAAUGGCGGCGAAAACCAAGGUUUUGCCCAUGCAGAACUCCAUGGAAGCGAUUGAUGACAACGAUUACCUCGAGAUAUCCUCGGCCUAUAAGUCUUUAGAGUCUCCUUCCAUUCGCCAUGGAUAAGACCCCAUGCCUGAUAAAUUGUUCCCGUCCGAAGGGCUUUCCCACGGUCUUCCAGGAGUACGGAGUUGAUUUGGUUGUCGAUGUUUGGCCGGUGAAUGCUUAGACUGCUGUAAAUAGGUAAAUCCUUCAGAAACGGUCAUGGGAAGGCACUGUAACGAC